CUUUUGUUUCAGGAGUUGUCAUCUCAAGAACGUCAUCAUGCUUUGGCUACGUCCAGGUCAUGAUAUUACCAGUUCUCUGGAGCCAGCCAACAUCGACACCAGUAUCCUGGAAGAGUACAUCAGCAAGGAGGACGAUAGCGCUGACAUCUGUUUCUCAGAGGUCCACAGUGCACCAGGACCUAAUUACUCAUCUCCUCAGGCAGGAGUGUCCUCCUCUGGAGGACUGGCUUGUGGUGUGAGCCCCCCUAUUCUACUGCGCCAAGGAGCCCCUCCACCUGGGCCCUCCAGCUGUCAGAACGCCUACCCCCAAGGGCCGUCCGUGGGUCUUCGGCACGGUUACCCCUGCCUGGGACAGCAGCAACAAGCUCACAUCAAACCAGAGCACAGGGGGCACUACGCUCCAGGGACACUUCCUGAAUCCCCACCAGACUCCAGCUCAGAGCCGUAUUCUCCUCAACAGGUGAAUGACCCUCACAUGAUCAGGACCAUGACACCAGAAAAUAUGUGCCACAUGGCUCCGACGCCACCCCUCCCACCUCAUGGGCACUAUCCCAGCAUGCAUCGGGACAUGUACCUGAAGCCUGAGCCCAUGAUUUCACAGUAUCCUAUUGGACCAGUCACUAGUGGAAGUGGAGAUGUGCAGCAGACGCAGAUGCUCCAUCAGCUGCUGCAGCAUCCUCAGGGACAAGACAGCAUCCCUGGUCAUCAGGCGAAGAAGAGGAAGCACUCGGACUCACCCAACAGCACCUUGAAUUCCCAAAUCCUCACAGGUAUCAUCAAACAAGAACCAGGUUUAAUGCAGGACGCAGACAACAGCUACCUGGACCCGAACUAUCAGUGCAUUAAGUGGCAGCCUCACCAGCAGAACAAGUGGACGCCGCUUUACGAUGUCAACUGCAAAGAGCUUCCAAUGCCAACCUACCGGGUUGACGCUGACAAAGGCUUCAACUUCUCUUUGGCUGACGAUGCGUUUGUCUGCCAAAAGAAGAACCAUUUCCAGGUCACGGUCUACGUCGGAAUGCUCGGAGAUCCCAAGUACAUCAAGACAAACGAGGGCCUGCAGCCCAUCGACUGCUUCUGCCUCAAGCUUCACGGAGUAAAGGUGGAAGCCAUGAAUCAGUCCAUCAGUGUGGAGCAGUCCCAGUCCGACCGCAGCAAGAGGCCCUUCAAGCCAGUUCUUGUCACACUGCCAUCAGAGCAGGUGACAAAAGUCACAGUGGGACGGCUCCACUUCAGCGAGACCACGGCAAACAACAUGAGGAAGAAGGGCAAACCAAACCCAGACCAGAGGUAUUUCAUGCUGGUGGUGACGCUGCACGCUCAGUCCCACAGUCAGAGCUACACUGUGGCUGCUCACGUGUCGGAGAGGAUCAUCGUCAGGGUAACGUCUGGCCAUGCAUCCAACCCAGGCCAGUUUGAAAGUGACACCGAGGUGCUGUGGCAGCGUGGCCAGCUGCCGGACUCCGUGUACCAUCACGGCAGGGUCGGCAUCAACACGGACCGGCCCGACGAGGCCCUCGUUGUCCACGGCAACCUGAAGGUCAUGGGCUCCCUGGUCCACCCGUCUGACAUCAGGGCGAAAGAAAAUGUUCAGGAGGUGGACACCACAGACAAUUUAAAGCGCAUCUCUCAGAUGAGGCUGGUCCAUUAUCAGUACAAGCCUGAGUUUGCUGCCACUGUGGGCAUAGAGAGCACGGCAGAGACCGGCGUGAUUGCUCAGGAAGUUCAACAAAUCCUGCCGGAAGCCGUGAAAGAAGGGGGCGACGUGGUGUGUGCCAACGGAGAUACAAUUCCCAACCUCUUAGUCGUCAACAAGGAGCGCAUCUUCAUGGAGAACGUCGGAGCUGUGAAGGAGCUCUGCAAGCUAACCGACAACCUGGAGACUCGUAUAGACGAACUGGAGCGCUGGAGCCGCAAACUGGCCAAACUGCGCCGCCUCGACAGCAUGAAGAGCACCGUGAGCGGAGGCACGGUGAGCCAAUCAGGAAGCUACUUCAGCAGAACAGGAAGCGUCCCGCUCAAGAAAAAGACAGUCAAAAUUGGGAGCAAGAGCUCCCCUUUGGAUCAGGGCUGCAUCAGUCAGAGGUUCGUGCAGGGGACCAUCCUGGCUCUGGUCAUUGUUAUGGCCUUCAGUGUCAUUUCCAUGUCCGUGCUCUACAUGCUCACGCUUCACCACAGAGGAGACAUCGCAGAGAAAGAUGGCUGCGUUCCUUCCUGUGUCCUCUACAUCUCUUGGAUGCCCAUCUUCACUGCUACUGUAACUGUCUGUCCACCUGUCUGCAAAUGGUCAAGAGCUGCACUGGGAUCGUCUCACAAGAAUCCAUACACUCCACUCUCCACCACACCUGCACCAGCUUGCUGUUCAACCACAGCUGUAAACAACCAGUCAGCAACGACCCUGACCCUGAAUACAAACCAAACAACUUCAGGUUUAAGCAGCCUGGUUCCCACACCAGGCGCCAUUAACAAGAAGGCCAAGUCCAGGCCCAUGGACAAAGAUGGCCACAACAGGAACCGCCUCAGUCACACCUCCGCACCCAUGUACUUUGCCAAGUCCAAGAAACCUGUCCCUGCAGACCCAGAAGGAGCCGGAACCACCAAUCGCCUGCCUCAGGGCCAGCAGCCUGUGCCACGCAGACAACGCAGCCUACAUGGAAAAGGAACAGCUGCUCCCAGACUCUCAAGUGUUCAAAUUGUGGAGACAAAACAAGAAAUUACUGCACAAAGGUGUGCAACAGCAGAAACCUGCAGCUACACUCUUUCACUUCAUGGACAAAGAAAUGUCUCCUCUCAAAUUACUUUACUCAUGAUAUAUGCCAACAGUGUGUGGGUGCACCAGUGUGGAGCUACCAGAGGACGUUUAUGUUUCAACCACAAAGAGACAGAGAUCCAUGCUGGACAGAGUUCAUCAGCAAAGGGGACUCAUCAUCUUUGGUCAGUGUCAGCGUUCUCCUUCCAGGACAUCACGUACCGCUUCCGAGUCUCCCAGUCUAGGGAGGUGACUUGUGCCACAGAGGAAAAACUGUCACCGUACUCCGACUACCGUUUUGUUAUUCAGAGCAGCUGCGUGUGA